AUGUAUCCUCCCAAAACUUCGCAACAACUCCAAGACCUCCAUCAGCGCAUAAUCUCUUCCAAUACCACAUUACACAACAAGCACUGCCUGGUGUUUUACCUGCUCAAAGACUUGUCCGCACAACAUCACGAAGCGACCGAACUUUCCGAAGCAUUUGCGAAAGACGUACACCUCGAGAAGCGGUUUUGGACAUUCGUCGAAGGACUCUGGUUUCUUGACCACCUCCAGUUCUCGACAGCUGUCGGACACCUGACAUACCCGGGCAUAAUACCAACCUUUCCCGAUGAGAUCAUGUACACACUCUUGACCGGAAAUGACAAGCUGAGCAGUUUGGGCAUGGCAAGGGAUCCAAAGGACGAUGUAUUGGCAUUAGCAUACUACAACUGCGUACGGCCGCCGCUGGAGGAUCAGAAGACUAGGGACGAGUUUGCCAAGUACCUUGCAGGUCGUAAUGUCACGGAGAUGUACCAAUGGAUCCACAGCAGAUCACAGUACGAGCACAAGCUGCUGCUGGAACUCCUUGUCGAGCAGAGCCUGGAUCACAACGCUUGGUCUCAGAAUCCUGAACACGAGGUGUACACGCGAGACGCUAAGGCUUUCGAGUUGGUCAGCUUGCCAUUUACCGAAGAAGAAGAGGAACACAUCGAGAAGUUUCUUACUGAAGGCAGGGGCAGGACAUUCCAGAGCGCGCAAGAUCUGGUUAUGAUGCGUAGGAUUGCGACUGGAAGGCUGACCGAUGUCGCUGCUGAUAUUGGUACUCGCGGCCGGAGAAUAGAUGGCGUGAAUUGGGAGAGCUUGAAGGAUGGCGUGAAGAGAGGACUAGGGCCCAGAAAGGAUGAGCAGAGCUUCGCUAUCUAA